AUCAGUAACUCGAUCAUGCACGGCACACACUUGCGUUCACCUGUCUGCAGUACCACCACUUGCUUGAUCAUUCUCAUCUGUACACCUUACUAUCCAAAUAACGUCGCCUCGCUACCAAAUGGCCCCAAAAGGAGGGAACGCAAAGAAAGAGUCGGGUCGGGCCAAGAAGGCCGAGAACGAGGCGCAGAAGCAGCAGGCAGCUGAGGCAGAGAGGGAGCGCAAGGUUGCAGAGAAGUGGUCAGAUGGUUCGAAGUCAAACAAGAAGAACGAGGACAAGGAGGCCAAGCGUCAGGCAGAGUUGGUUCGGAAAGCGGAGAAGGCAAGGCUACUAGCAGAGGAGGAGGCAUCUGUGGCAACGAAGAAGGUCGCGCCCAAGGCAGGAGCGAAGAAAGCAGGUUCCAAGGCAGCCAAGCCUGCUGGUCCUGGUGCGAUCGCUGCCGGGGGCGUGCUCGCGGAUGCGCCAGAGAAGGAGAAGGAGAAGGAGGUCUCAGCGGAGCCCGAGUCGUUCGCUGCAACCGGCCUUGACAAUGCCCUCGAUCUAUUGGAGGUGGUCACGGCGAAGAUGGACAAGGCCAGUGUUGGCCAGCGUGCCGCAGGACUUGAACAGCAUCCGGAGCGGAGGUUCAAAGCCGCAUUUGAAGCUUACAAGGAGCGUGAGCUGCCGAACGCUCGAUCCGACCAUCCAGGAUUGCGUCUACAGCAGUACCAUGAUCUACUCUACAAGCAAUUCCAGAAGUCGCCCGAGAACCCCUUCAACCAAGUUACGGUGUCAUACGAUGCCUCAAAGGAUGAGAAAGUCGAGGCACUGAAGAAGAAGACUACCGCGGUCGAGAACAGGCUGAAGUCACCCUGAUGACUUCGUCGUUCUGUCCAUCGCUGCGCAUCGAAUGUGCGAAAGAAGAUUGACACCGCUCUUGGCCUCCCCCACUGUAGAUCUAUCGCAUGCUAAGGUGUAAGAGGUGUGUAGUAUCAUGAAUAUGUACAGUAUGGAUGUACGCGCGGCACUGCGAGAAUCGCCUCGUUGUAUUUGAGCUGUGCAUCAUGACUGCAGCCAAGACACACGUUCGUAUAGCAACACACGAACACAUUCCGAGCAUUCAUGCAUACGGCACAGGCUGCACUGCGUUCUGCUGCUUGUUCUGUCAGCCUGUUUCUCGCUGUGGGUCCCGCCACCAACCCGCCACAGCGCAGG